AUGUUAAUAAUCCAAAUUUAUAAACAAAACUCAAAAAUUAACAAUUACGGAAAUGUAAAAAAAGAAGUGUAUGGUUUUGGAAUAUAGUUAAAACUGUUGGAAUAGCAGGUAAGUGCGCAAACUAACACUUAAAUUUAAUAGAAUAUAUUUUAAGCACUACCUAAAGAAAUUAUAACUGACAAGGAUAAUUAGCCAUUUGUCCCAUCUUAAAUGAUAAAAGUAGAAGAUUAAUAAUUGAUCAUUUUUAUUUGUCAAGAUAAUUUUAUUGCUCUAUUUGACGAAUAAAAAAAUAAAAUUAGAAUUUUUAAUGAGCCUGAACAAGUUUAAUACAUCCUUCUAAUAGAUAACUAAAAGUACUUAGUAUCAGGAAUGAUUACAAUUGCAUCAAUUUACCAAAUUCAGCAGGAAAGUAGCGGUGAUUUUUCUCUUUAAUUAAAGUAGACCUUCAGCAUUAUUGAUCUUACAAUCGUUUGGAUGCUUUACUUGCCAAAAUAGUAAAAUAUCAUUAUUAUAUGCGUUGAAGGAGUACUAAUCUUAUAUAACUACAUUGAAAAUGGUAAAGUGUCUUAUAGUAAUCAGAUUUAAUUUAAUAAUUAAAGUUUUAUAGCUGGAAAAAUAUCUUAAGAUGAAAGGUUUUUGUUUAUUUGUAAAGAUCCCUAAAACAUAUCUAUAUAUUAGAUUGAAACGAAAACAAAUAUUGAUAAAACAAUAGAAAUAUCAAAUCUUGCUUUUUUAUUAGAUUUAAAUUCUAGUUAUCAAGUUCCUUAACUUGAGCUUCUUCAAAUUGAUGUCUUCUUUAUUUAUUAUUUAGACCCUUGGUUAGGUCUUUACAUUGCUGAUCUGUCUCCUUUGUAUUCAAACGAUAUGUAAGCUAUUUAAAAUAUUUAAAGUAUUUAAUUCGGAUUAGGAAAUGUAAAUUUAAGUCCAGAAACUAUGUGUAUGACAAUUUCAAGAGAUCAAAAAUAUCUUUACUUGGGCGUAAGAUCGUAAGGUAUAUUAAUUUUUGAUAUUUCUAAUAUUACUAAUCCUAUAUGGUAUUAUCAACUCUUUGUUUAAGGCUAGGCUUACUAUUUACUUCUUUCUAAAAAUGAGGAAAUUCUUUAUUAUUCUAAUUCUAAUGGUUUAUAUCAAUAUCAAAUUACUAGUCUUUCGUUAACAAAUAGUAUACCAAAUAUGUAUAACUCUCAUAAAUCAAAAAGUUUGUUUGAUGGACCUCCUUUUUACAAAUGGAGAUGCUAAAUAUCAUAGAAAUCAAAUGUUUUAUAUGCCGCUUUUGAUGUAGAAAUGAUCUAGCGAUUCUAAAUUAUUUUAAACAGCUAAGUAAAAGGAGAUAUUAGCUUGCAAAUAAUUGACACGCUUCCAUAUGCAAAAGACAUAAUUAGUAGUACUCCUUAUAUUGACAAUAUAUGUAUCGACAAAAAAGAAGAAAAUUUAUAUAUUCCCGUAACAGACUAGAACAAUAUUAUUAUGAAAUACUAAAUUCCUAGCUCUGCUAACUUAUCUAAUUCUUUAUAAUACACUUAGUCUUUAUAGUAUAUAGAUCCAUAGUUUACUGAAAAUAUGAAGAUCAGUUAAGAUAAUAAAUAUUUAGUGUUAGCUUAUACUAUAGGAGUAAUGAUAGUAGAUCUAGAAAAGUUUGAAAUUGUAUCACUUUUAAAAAUAAAAGACAUGUAAAAAAAUUGCCAUGGAGUCGAUUUUACUAGAGAUACUAACUAUAUAUUUGCUACUGCUAGAAAUACUGGAAUAUGGAUUAUAGAUUCUAAAGAUAAGUAUAAUCUAUAAAUUAUUUAAGUAUUAAAAACUAAGGCAGGAGAGUCUGUUAAAUCUUCUUAAUUAUAUGAUAUUAUGUAUUGCUUAGAUGGAUUUAAUGGGUUACUUAUUUUUGACACUUCUGCUUUACCAAAAUUGAAAAAAUUAUCAAAUCUUAAAUUACAAGGCUGGGCAAACGAUAUCACUUUUCUGAAAGAUGAGAAUUAUGCUAUCAUUUCUACUAUGGAUUUAGGGAUGAUAUCACUUAUAAAUUUAACUGAUAAAAGAAAUCCUAUUUUAAUAUCUUAGUUUCAGAUAGGUUAACAAAAUUCUUAGACAACUUGCGUUGAUCCUGGAUUUUAAUAUAUUUUUAUUUUAAAUUAGCAGAGUAUUAGAUACUUCCCUCUAAUUAGUAAUAUCCUUAUUCAUUAUGAAUUUUCAUUUAAAUAAAGAAAUUAAAAUUCUAAUACUGUUUUAAACAAAGAUGAUUACCUUUAAGUAGGACAGACAUAUGAGCUUAGAUUAAUCCCACUCUAUUAAUAACCAAAUUAGUUGAUAAAUAAUAUUUUUAUAUUUUCAAAUUAGUAAAAGUAAGCUUUACCUAUCUGGAUAAAUUAUAUAAACACACUUUAUUUAGAAAUGACUAUUCCAAAAGAAGCCAUCAGCAUUUCAAACAAUUCAACUAUUACUUUACUUGUUCAAACCUAGUUUUAUUUAAAAAAUACAUCUUUUGUAUAUAAUUCAACAUCAUUCAUAAUUUCUCCUAACUUAAGCUCUAGGAUUUAUCAGUAUUUAAAAAUUUGUGGCUUUCUUGAUAGUUAAGAUUUAGUGACAAGUUUAUAUAACCCAGAAAUAACUCUAACAUUUGAUAAUUUUGGAAGUGAUUUAACUGACACUAACUAACAGAUUUUAGCAUUAUAAAUGGUAAGAAAUAUUAUCUAAAAUAGUAUUGAUUACAAUCCUAUCUUUUUUAAAGUUUAGAGUUCCUUAUAUUAUAUAUUAGAUUAAAAAAACAAAACUUUCCAAAUUCAUUCUAUUUUUAAUUUUGUGAGUAUAUAAUUUUCAUUCAACUCUACUUCUUCAUUAAUAUUCGUGUAAAAGGAAUAUGCUAAUGUAAUUUCAUAUAGAGAUGAUCAAAAUACUACUUUAAAUUUGUAAUCAUCUGUUGAUAGCAUAAAUAAUAUUCUGAGAUAAAAUAUAAUAUAUCACAUUAAUAAUAACGAUUAGAACUCUGAAAAUAAAAAUUAUAAAGUUUAAUUACUUAUUUAAGAUAGUUAUAACAGCGAUAUAAACCUUUAAUUAAAUGUCAGUGACUUAAGUUGCCUUAAAUUAAAGCAAAAGAUUUAAUAAUUGAAGGAACUUUAGCCUCAAAUAUAAAAAAUAUCAAGCGAUAGUUCAUUUGCUAUAGAAUCUACAUUUUUUAUUCAAUUUGAUCAGAACAGCUUCUUUGAUCCUGAUAAUAUCCCUCUUAGUUACUAAUUAUAUAUAUAUUAAAAUAAUAAUUAUUCUAUUAUUCCUCCAGAACAUUUUGUUAAGUUUGAUGAAUAAAAUUUGAGAAUGACAGGUACUCCAUAAGCAUCUAACCUUUUAGAUAAACUGCACCUUAGAUUAGUUGUAUCUAAUGGUUAUAAUUAGAUGUAUUCAGAUUUCUACAUAAAAAUAUAUAAUGUAUCUUUAAGCUACAUUUUAAAUUAAGUUUUCAAAUAUAUUGGACCUUUUGCUUUUAUUUUAGGUAUUUAUAGAUAUAAAAGUUAUUUUAUAAACAUAAUUUUAAAAAAUAAAACAUUUUAUAGCUAAGAAACAGCUUAAAUUAACAAAGUUUAUAGAAAAAAGAUAACUUUGAUAGGAAACGAGUUAAUCAUAACUGAAUUAUUUUUUAAUAAAUUCUAAAGGAAGAACAUAUCGAAAAUGAUGUUGAAGCUAGAAAAAAAUAAUACUGAAAUUUAAAAUGAUAUAGUUUCAUUUGCUUAGCUUGAUUAAGAUAACAUAACUUAGAAACAAUUUCUAUCAAACCCCAAUACAUUUUUUAGUACAUAGGGCAACCAAAAUACUACUCAAAUAUGGAUUAAACAGUUUAAUAUAAAUUCAUAAUUUCUAGAUUAAAAAAUAGAUCAAGAAAAUCUUUAAAUACAUAAAUAAACUUCAAAUUUAACUAAAUAGAAAACAUUGAGUGUUAGCAAAAAUAAGAGAAAUACAAAUUAACUAUUUAACAACAAAAAAAUUCAUUAAGAUAUAAGUACUUCAAUAGCUCCAGCUUAGCAAAAAAAUUUCUCAUUUGUAAAGAAAGCUACUAAAAAGUUGAGUGAGCAGGAAGAAAAGAUUGUUUAGAUUAUAAAGAAGAAUUUGGAAGAGACUAAAACAAAGAAUUUUUUAGAUUAAGAUAUGAUAUUUAAAUUGUGCUACUCUCAUGCAUAUAUAGUCAAUAAUUUCCUUUCAUAAAGUAAUAAUAAAUUGAAUAAUUAAUAUUUGAAUGAUGAUAAAAUUUUAGAUAUAAAAAUAAGUGCAGAUAAAUUAUUUUUAAAGAUGCUUUAGAAUGAUAUAAAAAUUAAAUUCUAAGGAAAUAAUUUGAAGAUAUCUGAAUACAGCAAAGAGUACCGUAACUAGCAUAGCAGAUUUAAUUAUUGUUUAAAUGCAAAAGUCAUCGAUUAUCUACUUUAAUUAGACGCAAGAACAAAUAUUGUUUAUUCUUACUUAAAAGAGUAUUCAAAAAAGCAGAUGAAUUUUACUGAUAAUGAUUGGUACAAAGCUUUUGUUUAAAUAGAGCCAACUAAUGAAUUAGAUUGUCAUGGAAUACCAAUUCCAUUUUCUAAUGUUAUUGUGAAAGAAAGUAGCAUUUUGAACUGUUUAAGCCAUUUAGAUUUAUACACCAGCAAAGACUAAUUAUUUGAUGAAAUCUGGUAACAUGGAAUCAGUCCUACACUUAUUAAGCAAGCUCUUAUUUUCGACUCUCUGGGAUUAUUAAAUAUAAAUUCAAAAAAACGCACAAUUAGUAAAUCGAAAGGCGAAUCGAUUUUUAUUUAGCAACAUCAAAUCUUUUCUGUUGAAGCAUUUAAAUUCAAGAAAUAGACUCGAAUUUAAUUUCUUAGAAAAAUGCUCAACUUAGAAUACGAAAGACUACCUAUAUCUAAAUAUUAAUCACUGCCAAGCUGGAUUUAAUUUGAUUGUAAAAAUGGAGUAAUUAUUUUGGAAGGAAUUCCUUCUCAUUCAGAUUAAGAAGAAAUCUUGAUAAGAGUUUAUAAUGUGAAAAACUAUAUUAUGAUGUAGUAUAUCCUAAAAGUUAUUGAUGAAGAAUCUGAAGAAUUGUAAAUUUAAUUGAAUAUUCCAUAAUAUUUUGCAGUAAAUUAAACAGAUAUUAUUAAUGAAUCACCUGUUAAAAUAACAAAUUAUUCUGCGAUUGGAAAUACUGCUGAUUAAAUAUUACCAAAUACCAAUAAGAAUAAAUGUACAAUAAAUUAAAAGAUACAAAAAGAAUUAAAAAUUUAUAAAAAAUAAGGUAAUAUUGAUGAUUAAUUAAACUAAUACCAUUCUCCUUUCAAUAAACAAAUAGAUCCUAAUAUUUAACUAUCAAUGGAUCAAUCUCUUAGAGAUUCUUCAGAAAUUUUUAGCAAAUUUUAAAACUUAUAUAAGCGAUAAAAUACAGCAAGUAGUUUUUCAUAAUAAAUGAGCAAUUAAAUUAAAAAUCCAAAUCAAUCUUAAUCUAAUAAGAAUUAAAAAUAUAUGAAAAACUAACUUAAAUCAAAAUCAAUGUCUUUAAUUGAUCUCCCAAAUUUUAUAGUUCAGCAAGAUGAAGACUCUUCAUAUUCAUUAGAAAUAGAUCAAUUAGAGUAAAAUAAUAUUUUAGCAAAUGAAAAUAAAUUUAAUAUAAAAUUACACAGCACUUCUAUUUUCUCAAACCCAUUUUCCUAAUAUAAAAGUAAUUGA